CAUGGCUUCUCCAAAACACCCUCUUAUCAUUUCCAAUUCCCAUUCUCUCCCUCUCCCCACUCCACCUGCAAAUAGAGACACAUUCAUGGCGAUUUAGCUCUUCCUCUUCUCCAUUUCUUAAAUUCCCAAACUACCCACCUCCAUUUCCAUGGCGAAAUCGGAUAAUUCGAAAUCCAAGCUCCCUCCUUACGUCUCCGCCAAAAUCCAUCCUUCCAACGACCCCGAAACCGAUCACAACUCUUACACGCUCGAGAAAUUUAGACUUUACGAGACUAGACAGAGAUUUUAUCUAGUUGGGAGUGAUAGGAACAAGCAAUUGUUUCGAGUAUUGAAGAUUGAUCGAUCAGAGCCGUCUGAUCUCAAUAUCAGUGAAGACCCAGUUGUUUAUUCACCACAAGAAAUAAAAAACUUGCUUCAGCGAAUUGCUGAAGGGAAUCGUGCCACUGGGGGGCUAAACUUUGUAGUGAAGGCUUAUGGUAUUGCAGGCUGCAUUAAGUUUCUGGAGUCAUAUUAUUUGAUUCUAGUGACAAAGCGUCGGCAAAUAGGAUUUAUUUGUGGUCAUGCGAUAUAUGGCAUUGAUGAGAGCCAAUUGAUCACCAUUCCUCAUGUAUCAGUUCAAACUGAUGUGGCGCAUUCUAAAGCUGAGCUAAGGUACAAAAAGCUAUUAUCUAGUGUAGAUUUGACCAAGGAUUUUUUCUUUAGCUACACAUAUCCUAUAAUGCAAAGCUUGCAAAAGAAUGUGACCUCAAUGGGUGAAGAUGGGAUGCCAUAUGAUAACAUAUUCGUCUGGAAUGCAUAUCUAACACGAGCUGUUCGGUCUAGAUGUGGCAAUACUAUUUGGACAAUAGCAUUAGUGCAUGGAAAUUUUAAGCAGAUCAGGCUGUCGAUCUUUGGGAGAGACUUUAGUGUUUCACUGGUUUCUAGACGCUCUCGGCAUUUUGCUGGUACACGUUACUUGAAAAGGGGAGUUAAUGAUAUGGGAAGAGUUGCAAAUGAUGUUGAAACAGAGCAAAUUGUCCUUGAUGAAGACGCUGGAUCAUGCAAGGGGAAAAUGAGUUCUGUUGUUCAGAUGCGCGGUUCAAUUCCUCUUUUCUGGUCACAAGAAGCUUCACGAUUUAGUCCUAAACCUGAUAUAAUCUUGCAAAGGUAUGAUCCUACCUAUCAGGCGACCAAAUUGCAUUUUGAAGACUUGGUGAAGAGAUAUGGCAGUCCCAUAAUUGUGCUUAAUUUGAUUAAGACUGUUGAAAAAAGACCUAGAGAAAUGAUGCUAAGGCGUGAAUUUACAAACGCGGUUGGGUAUCUGAACACGAUUUUUCCAGAAGAAAAACAACUUCAGUUUAUCCAUUGGGACUAUCACAAGUUUGCAAAGAGCAAGUCUGCCAAUGUUUUGGCUGUUUUGGGUGCUGUGGCAAGUCAGGCACUUGAUUUGACUGGUUUUUACUAUAGUGGUAAACCUAGUGUUGUUAAGAGGAGAGCAAACCAAAUUAGUCGAACAAGCACCGGAAGGGACGCUUCUCUUAGAGAUCUAAGAGUCAAUUCAGGGGAUCUUGCAAGGAUUGGAAGUAAUAAUGAGAAUCUAAAUUCUUUGAUUAAUUGGGAUAGAGAGGGUGAUUCUAGUCAACUGAAAAAACAAGAUAAGGUUGGUGCUGAUGGGCCACGUUUUCAAAGUGGAGUUCUACGCACCAACUGCAUUGACUGCUUGGAUCGUACAAAUGUUGCUCAGUAUGCUUAUGGUCUGGCAGCUUUAGGACGCCAGCUCCUUGCAAUGGGUCUAACAGACAUGCCCAAAGUCGAUCCUGAUAGUUCCAUUGCUGCUGCUCUUAUGGAUAUGUAUCAAAGUAUGGGGGAUGCUCUUGCCCAGCAAUAUGGUGGUUCUGCUGCUCAUAACACUGUGUUCCUUGAGAGGCAGGGAAAGUGGAAAGCUACAACACAAUCUAGGGAGUUUAUCAAGUCUAUCAAGCGAUACUACAGUAAUGCAUACACUGAUGGUGAAAAGCAAGAUGCUAUAAAUUUAUUUCUUGGCUACUUUCAACCACAGGAAGGGAAAUCUCCUCUUUGGGAGUUAGAUUCAGACUACUAUCUUCAUGUCUAUGGGAAUGCAAUAGAAGAAGAAGACCCCUGUCCAGAUAAGUGCAAUUUGGAAACCAAUGCUAAGCCUGUAAGAGUUGGAAUAACUCUUGCCCCUAUUCCAGCUUGCAGGGAGGAUUUUUCAAGAAUGAAGUUGACAUCAUUUGAUAAAUUGAUUGACCGGACAUGUAGUACUGUAAAGAAUGUAAGACUUUAUAGUGAACCUGAUCACAGACCAGGUGGCAGUGCAGGAAAUUCUGGUGUGGCUCCAGAUGCAGCUGAAAUACAACUCAAAAGCCCAAAUUGGCUUUUUGGCCAGAAAAAGUAUGAAGAGAGUGGCAAUGCCCCCAAGGCUGCUAAAAGUGAAAUUGAAAAUGGAGCAUCUCAGAAAGAGAUUUAUGUUGAUGGUUACUCAGAAUUAAAUUUGCUUUCUUCUGUUGAUGAUAUCAACGAAGAGGAUAUCUUCCAAAGGUACCUUGCAAUGACUGCAGUUGAUGAAAGCGGCUGGUAUGGUGGCACACUAUUAGGUGAUCAAGAUGAAAGCAGUGAAAUAUAUAAACAUUAUGCUGAAUUGUGCCAGGGGGCAGCUAUGGAGCCCUUCGAGCAUGAUCUGGAUAGGGAGAAACACUAUGCUGAUGUUCUACGCAUGAACGCAAUUGAUGUUUUAGAUGAUUCCGCUGUUGAAGCAGAGAUGGAAGAUGCUCUCAUGGAUUAUGAUCGCAUUGGUGCUGAUCUUGGGAUUGUACCAAUGUCAUGCAAAUCCUUUGCUGCAGAUCCAAGUUGGUUGACGAGAUGGAUUAUUGGGGAAGAGAAGGUAGAAAAGAUCGAAAGCUAGCUUCUGCAUGCGCUAUAUGACUGUUGUAAGCACACAUAAGAGUGUCCAGUUCUCGGAAAAAGUAAAUAACUGUUUACAUAAAUAAAUAGAAAAAUGAAAGUAUAUAGUUGUUUGUAAAAUAUGCAAAGGCGUGAAAAUGCCCUCUUAAUUCAGGCAUGAAUUACAUCUUAUAUGUAGACUUGAUAUACACACUCUCAAAAGGAAAUUUCAAUCGGCUGCAAAGUUUGUUUCUUGUGUUCUAUAAAAAA